AAAUUUGAUUCUAGUUUCGACCUUGUUGAAUUUCGCAAUAGUCGACGAGGAAUGUGAAUUUAUUUGAGUUUAUUUGUAAAAUGGUUUUAAAAUGUGAUAAAUUUCGUAUUUUGUUAUUUAUGACCCUGCCAAUCAGUUGUUUCGCGUCCCAUCAAGAUGUCGCAUACAAGUUGAGGGCUGAAAAUAUUCACGAUUAUGGCGAAAGAUUGUCGAGUAUCGAGCGCGGACGACGAGGUCAAGAUAAUUCUGGUGAUAGUUCAAGUUCAACGCAACCUUUGUUAGAAGAUCGAGCUGGGACAAGUGAUUCAGAAGAAGAUUCUGGAAACAAAAAAUUAUCACUUUUAACGGAUUCGGAUGAUUCGAGAGAAAAUAAAUUAAGUGGGAAUAAGAAUGAAUUGAAAUUAAACAACGAGAAAUCGGACGCAGAGUCCAAGAAAUUGGUGAAGAAUGAUACAAAUGAGGAAGAAAAGAAUUCUAAAGAAACGGGCAAAAACAAAUCAGGAGAACAGAAACGCGCGGAGGUAGAAAAAGUUGAGAUAGAUAAAGAGAAAGAGAAAGAUAAAGAAAAAGUUAAAGAAAAGAAUUUAGAUUCAGAGACUUCAACAAGGUGUACAACAGAUCAGAUAAUAACAAUUGGUGACAUUAAAAAGCUUAAUACCGUCGAAAAUACUGACAACGAAGUUGAUAAAACAUCAGGUGGUGAUGACAAUAAUGAUGAAACCAAGGUCGUGACGGAUGACCAGCCCGUUGAGACGGAUGAACCAGAAAAGACUGUCAGUAAGGUCUAUAAUGGUCCGAAACCAGCCAAGGCUCCCGAUCACUACAUCGAUGAUGUUUGAAUACAUAUAUUUUAAAACUA